UUAUGAAAAUUAAAACAUAUAUUGAGCGAAGUAGUAAAAUUAUAUGGGGAACAAGAAGCAGAGAAAAGAAUAUAUAAAUUGUGUAUCCCCUUUGAUAAAUACUUUACUGGCUACAAUAACUGCGGUCAUUAAUACAAUCGUCGGUAAAUUUGAUCUGUACAUUUUUGUGUGCUUGUGUUUUUGCAAAUUUCGGUUUAAACAACAAUUAGUAGUUUUAAUAUAAUAAAAAUAUACAUUUAAUAGUUAACUUAUAAAGUACGACCGAUCAAUUCCAUUAUUAUGGUGAAUCUUAAUGGAAACACUGCCGUCAAGUAGUGCAUACCCCAAAGAAAACUACAAUGUUUUCCUUACAACACGGAGUCGGCGGUGGCGGAGGAAUUAAUGAUACUGAUGGAUACGAUUUCACUAAAAGUGAAAAUGCAGCUCGAUGGAGGGGUUUAUUCACACCAUCCUUAAAAAAGGUCUUAGACCAAGUACAUCCACGUCUUACAGCCAAAGAGGAAGCACUUAUGUACGUGGAGACAUUAUGUCUUCGCAUAUUAGCAAUGCUUUGUGCAAAGCCACUGCCUCAUACUGUUCAAGAUGUUGAAGAGAAAGUAAGAAAAUAUUUUCCUUCUCCAAUUGACUGUUGGGCUCUAACUGAAGCAAAAGAAACGGUUUUCAAAAAACGAAAGUCUGUCUUACCAACAGAACGAGUACAUACUAUGCUACAAAAGGAUGUUCUGCAAUACAAAAUUGAUAGUUCGGUAUCAGUUUUUCUGGUAGCUGUUUUAGAGUAUAUUUCAGCCGACAUAUUAAAAUUAGCCGGGAAUUAUGUAAGAAAAAUUAAACACUGUGAAGUUUCAAAGGAGGACAUUGAGGUAGCAAUGUGUGCCGAUAAGGUAUUAAUGGAUAUGUUCUAUCAAACGGAUAUAAAGGCAAAUGUAAUGUCUAGCCCCUUACCAACGCUGCCGGCCCAGCGCACUAGCACAACUUACGAAGAAGUUGUCAAAGAUUUAAUUAAUGACGAAAAACAGUAUCAACGUGAUUUACAUAUGAUCAUUCGUGUAUUUCGAGAAGAACUUGCAAAAAUUGUCCGAAGUCCAAAAGAACUUGAUCCUAUAUUUUCCAAUAUUAUGGAUAUUUAUGAGGUCACUGUAACAUUAUUAGGUUCGCUGGAAGACGUUAUUGAAAUGUCACAAGAGCAAAGUGCUCCGUGUGUUGGAAGUUGUUUUGAAGAACUAGCGGAAGCCGAAGAAUUCGAUGUAUACACAAAAUAUGCACAAGAAGUAACUUCACAAGGAUCGAAAGAUGCACUAACGGCGUUAUUGGCAAAACCAAAUGCAAUGUCUUUAAUGUCGGCUGGUCGUGGUUUUCGUGAAGCUGUAAAAUAUUAUUUGCCCAAAUUAUUAUUAGUGCCAAUAUGGCAUGCGUUUGUAUACUUUGAUUAUAUUAAAAUUUUAAUGAAGUAUAGUCCUUCGCAAGAUGAUAUCGAGAGUUUUGAGCAAGUGCAGGGUUUGCUUCGUCCUCUUAGAUGUAAUCUUGAGAAUAUAGUAGCGUUGCCUAAGGAGUCAUACGUUGCUAUGAGUAGUAGAGCUCGCCGCCAAUUAGCUAUAGAACGCACAAGAGAACUUCAAAAUACAGUGGAACACUGGGAUAAGGAUGUCGGUCAAAAUUGUAAUGAAUUUAUUCGAGAGGAUGUUUUGGGAAAACUCGGAUCUGGCAAAAGAGUAGCUGAACGAAAAGUUUAUCUUUUUGAUGGAUUAAUGCUACUCUGUAAGCCAAAUAUGAAACGUCAAGCUAAUUCUGCAAAUACACAAGUUUUUGAAUAUCGACUUAAAGAAAAAUUUUUUAUGAGACGUGUCGAAAUUAAUGACCGUGCUGAUACCGAUGAAUUGAAGAAUGCAUUUGAAAUAGCUCCGCGAGUACAACCACCUGUAACACUUACAGCUAAAAGUUUUCAACAUAAAAAUGACUGGAUGGCUGAUCUUAUAAUGGUUAACACAAAAUCAAUGUUAGAUAGAAUACUCGAUAGUAUUUUGUUGGAUAUUGAAAAAAAGCAUCCGUUACGAAUGCCCAGCACUGAUUUGUACAAAUUUGCUGAGCCGGAUAGCGCUGACAACAUAGUUCUAGAAGAGAGAGAAAGUGCAGGUGUACCGCUUAUAAAGGGUGCAACCUUAUGCAAACUGAUCGAACGGCUAACUUACCAUAUAUAUGCAGAUCCUAUGUUUGUUCGAACAUUUCUCACUACAUAUCGAUAUUUUUGUACGCCGCAAAAUCUGCUUUCUUUGCUAAUAGAGCGUUUCAAUAUACCCGAUCCAAGUUUAGUUUAUACAGAUCAGAACAAUAGCGAUAAGGAUCCUUUAAGCUGUGACACUGACAAAUUGCAUAAAAACUCACAACGGGAGGAUUGGAAGCGUUAUCGUAAAGAGUAUGUACAACCGGUGCAAUUUCGUGUUUUGAAUGUGUUGCGCCACUGGGUGGAUCACCACUUUUACGACUUCGAAAAGGACCCAACAUUAUUGGAGAAACUAUUACAGUUUUUGGAAAGUGUUAAUGGAAAAUCUAUGAGAAAAUGGGUUGAUUCUGUUUUAAAAAUUGUUCAAAGA